CUUUCUUUUUUUUCUCACUCGCGAUGCAACCAUUUCUUGUUUGGAAAAAGGGUCGAGGCACUCCCACCACCAAACCUAUUCUUCUUUCUCUUUCACUUCAACCCUUCCUAAAUCAGUGUUCUGGUCGUGGUUCUCUCUCGUCGAGCCCUCCUUCCCCUUCUGUGGAGCCUCGGUUCUCUUUCGUUGAGCUUUUGUAGGUCGCGCAUUGAAACCCUAAUUUUCCCUCAUUCGAACCAUGAUUGUGCGGCCUUGGUACCAUGGUUAAUUGAUACUUUUCGUGCUUGCGUUUUGAUUUUCGCAAUGGCCUCCAAAGCUCCUAGAUCGAGGAUUGGUCACAAGAGUAGAGCCAAACUGCAAAAGAAAGAAGCAAGACAUAAUCGACAGGCACUGUAGAAGAUUGUAGUUACAGACAUGCCGGCUUGAGCAUUGGUUUGUAAUAAGCUGCAUAUCAGUUCAUAGUUGAAACUGAAGAUGGGGGAAGCUACAGAAAGGUAUGCAGUGGUGACAGGAGCAAAUAAAAGGAUUGGAUUAGAGAUAGUAAGGCAGUUAGCUUCAGAAGGAAUAAAGGUGGUACUCACUGCAACGAAUGAAGAGAGGGGUCUUCAAGCAUUGGAGACACUCAAAGCCUCUGGUCUUUCUCAUCUACUAUUGUUUCAUCAGCUAGAUGUGGCUCAUGCUGCAAGUGUAGCUGCUUUUGCAGCUUUAUCAAAUCCAAAUUUGGUAAACUUGAUAUUCUGGUUAACAACAUUUACAAAUGAUAAGAUACUGGACAAAAGCAAUGGAGAUGUGGCUAUAGAUACAUAUCACCGUUAUAAGGAAGAUGCUAAAUUUAUGAAGAAUAUGAACUUGGAUUCAUACAGAUUCUCGAUUUCUUGGUCCAGGAUUCUACCAAGUAAGUCAAAUGCUGAACAAUGUCAUCAACGAACUAUUGGCUAAUGGUAUAAAACCACUGGUAACUCUUUUCCAUUGGGAUCUUCCCCAAACUUUAGAAGAUGAAUACGGUGGCUUCCUAAGUCCUCUCAUAAUGUUGGAAAAGCUAUAACAAAAGAUGAUAAAGCUCAAACAUAAUUGUUCUGGUUGUGAUUACAAGUUGCUAAAUUAGUAUUGAAGUCCAAAGUGUUAUUACUACAGAGAGGUAUAUGAUUCAAAUGCUACAUAAAUAUUUUAUUGUAUUAGUUGGUUAAAAUCUUGUUUAAUAUAUAUUUGUAUAGUGUGGAUGCAGGGCAUAUAUAUUUAUUGUAUGGGAUGUUAGUCAUGAUUGAUAUAUUGUUAUAUAUAUUACAUUUAUUACACCUC